AUGGCGACUGUCAAGCCUUGCUGCAAUUUCGAUGCCAACACGGAUGCCCAAACACUUGAAAAAGCCAUGAAAGGAUUAGGGACUGAUGAGGCAACCAUCAUUGACGUUCUCGCACACCGCACCAGCCGCCAACGUCGAGAAAUUGCUGAUGCCUAUAAAGCACAGUUCGGGAAGGAUCUAAAGGAGGAUUUGCACAAAGAGCUGAGCGGAAAAUUCCGUCAGGCGGUAGAGUGGUCCUUCUACAAUCGCGCCCACGUAAAUGCAGCUGCUUUACAGAAGGCCAUGAAGGGUGCCGGUACCAACGAGAAGCUGCUCAUCGACAUCCUCUGCACCGCUAGCAACAAAGAAGUAAAGAAAAUAAAGGAAGCCUAUGAAGAGAUAACACAGAAAUCACUGGAAGAUGAUGUGGAGUCUGAAACCUCUGGCGACUUCAAGCGGGUGCUGGUGGCGAUCUUGCAAGGCAGGCGUGAGUGCGACUGUAACGAGUCACAGGCGCAUGAGGAUGCUAUGGAGAUCUACAAAGCUGGCGAAAAUAAGCUUGGAACAGACGAGUCCACAUUUACGCGAAUCCUGUGCUCGCGAAGCCACGACCAAAUCCGUAUAAUCAACGAGGUUUAUCAAGAAGAAACUGGUCAUGAUCUCAUCAAAGCAAUCAAAAAAGAAACCUCAGGAGAUUACGAAGAAGCUCUGUGUCGAAUUGUGCUGGCAUCGAAAGAUCUUACUGGCACAGUCGCGGAAAUGCUCUACCGCAGCAUGAAGGGCGCGGGAACCAACGACGACAGUCUUAUCCGCAUAAUUUUAGCCCAUUCUGAAGAUGAUCUUCGCAAAAUUCAGGCCAAAUUUGACAGCACCUAUGAAAAGUCACUCGUAAAAAUGAUCUCGGGUGACACUUCUGGUGAUUACAAGAAUUUUCUGCUUGCCAUACUGGAGUAA